AAUGAAGGCCUUUGCUCAGGGAAAAAGAAUAAAACCCAAUGUUCCAUUAUUGUGCUUCAAUGAGAUAUCCAGCUCAACUUCGGACGGUAAAGAUGUUUCAAUGAAGAUAAAUAAUGAAGAUGAUCGAAGCCAACAGUCUAAUGAAGAAGCUAGUUCUUACUUAUGUGAUCAAUCAUUUAGUGAAGCUUCGGAAGAAACUGUUUCAAAUUCCCUAUCUCCUGAGCCAAUGACUACGUCUCAUGAUUUGACUUCAACUAUAACAGCAGAAGAAAUAAAUUUUCUUCCAUUGAAAGACGCGAAUCAAACUUUACCUUAUCAGAUGGAUAUACAGAACCCUGGUGUUAUGAUUUAUUAUGAAGAACAGUUGAACGAUAGAGAGGGUAUGAACGUAACUAUUAAUCAAACUUCAAAUUUUAAAGAUGGAGGGUGUCCAUUCACCUCUAGUCCAAAAGACGUUGAUCAGACCUAUACAACUAUAAGCCUUCAUGAUGGCUUUCCCAACGAAAUGUAUCAUAACAACUCAACAAUGGAAAAUAGUCAAAUAAUACUUCAAACCAAAACCGAAAAGCAAGAAGAUGAAAGUGAGGUAUAUGAUUUGACUAGAAUAAAGCAUGGGUUGAACGUUGAGAGAACUCUUAGCAGUGAAGAAGCUGCCGAUAUUAGAAAUCAUGACGAAUUGGAGAGGUUUCCAACAAAGUUAUGGAAAGCAGCUAAUGACCCGAAUAGUGAAGUAAUAGUUUGGACUGAAGAUGGGAAAUCCGUAGAAAUUGAACCUGCUAAAUUUGAUAGAGAGGUUAUGUCAAAGCAUCCCCGGCUUGUGCAAGUUAACAGAUUCGAAAAUAUGAGACGACAAAUGCGAGAAUAUGGUUUUGUUUGGGAUGAGCAACAGGAUGGGAAAUUUAUUUUUAAACACAUGUUCUUCAGGAGAGGACGUAAAGAUCUUUUGCGAAAUGUUCAAACCAGAAGACGACGAGGUUUGAUUUCGGGAUCAAAGUCAUUCAAUCAGGGAGAGCAGCCAACCUCAAAACGAGGCAGAAAACCAGGUAAAAGCCGUAAAUCGACAGCAGCGUCAAAGCCUGACAACGAAGCUACAAUCUCAAGAUCAUCAUCAUCAUCUAAGUGCAAUUGGACAGCAACUCAAGCGUGGUAUGGUGACCAAUACAUUUAUGACAACACUUAUGGAAAUUCAUCUCAAGCUUAUUAUGUUUAUCCGUCAUCUGCUUAUGGGACCUAUCAAGCAAAUUAUAAUAAUUCGACCGUGACAACGUCCCAUAACACUAUCUGUACUACAGAGCAACCAAUCUCUGAACUUCAGCAAUUUUAA